AUGGGUGACUUGCUGUCUGACGGUUUCAACAAGGUUUCUUCGCAACUUUGGAGCUGUUGCAAAAGCGUGGCAGUCGAAAUAUACAUUUUAACACCUCAUGCGUGUCCUUGUUCCUGUCAAUGCCAGAAGAAGUUGUAUUCCGGCCUCAUCUUCCACAAUUUCACCGCAAAGGAUGAGACAAUGCGUUUCGGCUUCACUUUCCAGAUGGCUUUUAGCGACCAGCGGAAAGUAAUCAAGCCGCUGUUAAGACGGGAAUCGAUUGCUCAAAAUAGCACGCAAGACAAAGAAGCGGCCUUGUCCCGAUCAACGACCUACAACAGAUAUAAUUACGCAGACGUCGAAAGUGGAAGGCCUUUAUGUGGCGGCGAUGUUGGUAGUUUGAUCUGCAGGCUGCAGAGAAUGUUUGGAAACUACACGCCAAUUUGUUUGUGCUUGAUGCUUGAAAUCAUUUCUGACCUGAGUCGAGUCGAAGAUGGUAAGCAGGCGCUCUUCACAACACAAAGUGGAUAUUCCUUAACGCUAGGAUGUCCACCCUCAAGACAACCCAUGAUUGCACAAUUACUUGUGUUUAAGAGUCGAACGAUUUCCCUUAAGCAAAUUUCUUUUGACAUCUGCUUGGGAAGUCCCGUCGAGAAUAGUUGA